AUGGCAAUCACUACGAGACAUGGGCUCGAUGGCUAUGGUAUCGACAACGUGAGGGCUCUACCUCACUAUACGCCGACUCCAGCAGACAUCACCAUCAGCAAUCGUCUGCCAAACGACAAAAAGAAAAUUCUAUUCAAGAAUGUAAACAUUUUCGACUCUACCGGCGCCGACAUUUACCCAGGAGACGUCUUGAUCGAGAAUGAGCAUAUUCAAAAAGUUGGCAAAUUCGAGUUUACCCCAGACACCGACACACUUGUUAUUGAUGGAUAUGGCAAGAAAACCCUGAUGAGUGGUUUGAUUGAUGCCCACACCCAUCUAAGUUGGAAUGACUCCCCAACCCUAGAUGGUCUCACAAGUUUACCCCUCGAGGAACAUGUCUUGCACACUGCGCAGUCCGCCAGAACCUACCUCGACUGCGGCUACACUAUGUGCUUCGGCGCUGCGAGCGCCCAGCCACGCCUCGACUUGGUGAUCAAGCAGGCAAUUAAAACCGGCAUGAUCCCGGGGCCACGAACUUUAUCCAGCUGUCAAGAGAUCGCCACUACUGGUGGCGCGCUCAUCCCGAGCAUUUCCAAGAUGGCAGACGGCGCAGAUGCAAUGCGUGGAGCGGUUCGAGAAUUCAUCUCCUUGGGAAUCGACAAUAUUAAGUUGAGCAUGACGGGCGACUAUGUUCAUGAGACGAUGGGUGCGGAAGAAACGUACUACACUCUUAAUGAGACUAGAGCAGCCGUGGAGGAGGCCCAUGACCGAGGAAAGCGCGUGUGCGCUCAUGCUCGAUCCGCAGCGUCUGUUCGCCUGUGCGCCUUGACUGGCGUUGAUGUUAUAUAUCACGCUUCUUUCACCGACGACGAGACCAUGGAUAUGCUCGAGGAGUUGAAAGAUCGAAUCUUCGUUGCCCCGGCGAUAAAUUUCCCUCUAGAAAGCUGCAACGGCGGCGCAAUUCCUUUUGGCUUGACACCAGAUAUGGCCGCCAAGAGAGGUUUAGUGAAAGAGGUUGACGUAGCCUGCAAGGCCAUGAAAGAGAUGCACAAGCGAGGCAUUCGAGUGCUUCCUGGGGGCGACUAUGGGUUUGCGUGGGCGCCACAUGGUACGUACGCCAGGGACCUUGCUCACUUUGUAGAUCUAUUCGGCUAUACUCCUAAGGAGAGCCUCCUUGCCGCUACCGCUUUAGGUGGUGAGAUGAUGGGUUAUCCUGAUGUAUUGGGCAAGGUCCAGCCAGGGUACUACGCGGAUGUUAUUCUUGUGGAUGGAAAUCCCUUGGUAGAUAUCACUGUCUUCCAAGAUACAUCCAACUUACACACCAUUGUCAUCAACGGCCAUGUCCACAAGAAUGUCACAAUUGGCUGAUAUGGAAGGCAUAGUAUCGGGGGUUUCAGGCCAUUGUGCGGGAUGUAAUAUCAUUAAUUUUCUAAUAUGGAACGCAUUUGACAUUUACGACCAGCAGCAUCAAUCAAUUCAGGCUGUACUAUGUUAUAGGGCAGAAUUACACAAUCCCGAAUCACCCCGGCUGUUGAAGAGGAGCUGCAGCCAAUUUGAGGUUAUGAUAAUGCUGAGUACACGCCAUUCAUAGCAAAGACUUCAUGCUUCAUGAUAGGCAGCUUUUGUAUUUAUUUCCAUUCUGUAUUCGUUACACGCAUACAAGCUUAACAUGCACUUCGCCUUUGGCCACGGAUGUAAUGCAAGCUGUUCAUGAUGUGACGUCCGCCACCAGCGCGAGUCGU